AGAAUCAGUUCUCCACCGUCUGCAAACGUUAGUGGUUCUGUAGAUCGUUCGUGAUCAAUGCUAGUUUGUCGUGUGUGUACUCGUAUUUAAAGACAAUAAUAGUUCAAUACAAAGUAGCACUAUAAAUGGUCAAACAAAUGUUGCUGAAUAUUUAAUAUAUCAAAAAGCAAUAAAAACGGCAAACAGAGUGUCACACUAUUUUUAGUCAAUGACUAUUGAAUUACUGAUUACGGAAAGAACACCGUUGCGUGUGAAUAACAGAUCAGUCGAAGUUGAAAGUGAAAUGAGUGACAACAGCAGUGUUCCGAAGCCAGAAAUGGAUGAUACAAAACGAAUUAUUCUAAAGUUUGUCAUCGACUUUGUUGCGCUGUUACUUGUUGGUCUACCAAUUUUGGCCUUUUUCAUUUGGGGCAAUCCAUACGAGCGAGGUUUUUUCUGUGACGAUGAAUCACUCAUGCAUCCAUUCCACGAAUCUACCGUGAAAAAUUAUUAUUUAUACAUCGUUGGUCUGAUACUUCCAAUUAUUUUAAUUAUCGUUACCGAGACCAUACAAACUAAGGUGAAUAGGCUGAAUUCGCUAAGAAAUUUAAAUGUAUUCGGUCGAAGCAUUCCGAAUUGGAUACCAAAUGCAUAUAAACAAGUUGGAGUUUUUGGUUUCGGUGCAGCUGCUAGUCAAUUAGCAACUGACAUUGGAAAAUAUACGAUUGGUAGACUGCGUCCACACUUCAUCGAUGUGUGCCAACCGCAGAUGAUGGAUGGAACAAACUGCUCAAAUCCAAUCAACAUUGGCAGAUACAUUGAAGACUUUACCUGUCUCGGAAUUGGGUCAAACACUCGAAUGUUGAAAGAGAUGCGUCUAUCAUUUCCAAGUGGACAUGCAUCCUUUUCCGCGUAUACCAUGAUUUAUUGUGCCAUAUACUUGCAAGCUCGUAUGACAUGGCGAGGAUCAAAGUUGUUGAAGCAUUUUAUCCAAUUUGUUUUGGUAUUACUCUCAUGGUAUACUUGUAUGACAAGAAUAUCCGAUUAUAAGCAUCACUGGAGCGAUGUCUUAGCUGGUGCUACAUUGGGAACAUUCUGUGCAUUAAUUGUGUCAAACUUCGUAGCCAAUCUGUUUGUCGACAAACAGCAGCGCCUAUUGCCGGAACGAAAUUACGAAAUUAAAACGUCUCCAUAAAGGCAGGAUACUGUGUACGCAAGUGUUAUCGUAGUGUGUUAUUUAGAUUUUGUGCCUAUUUAUUGGAUAUAUUAUGUGAAAAGAUUGAAGUUUGUUGUUUCGAUGUAAUUUGAAGUGCUUUUCUUAACAAUGUGUAAAUUAGAAUAUAGUCUGAUACUGCAACACCUUUCAUUGUAAAAUCUGCGUACCUGGACCACCAUUAAUUCCUAGAAUUUUACAAAGUUCUUCGAAUAUUUUUGUUUAGUUAUUCUCUAAAACUCUAAAAAUGCUGCCCGUAGAAAUCUGGGGAUUUUAGUAGUCAUCUUACGCAGAUUUAACAAUAACUUUAAGAAUAAUUUUUGACCAAUUAAUAAGCAGUAAGUUUUUUGCAUUUAUUUUAUAGAAGUUAAUUGAGUUAUGAACACUAUAUAUUCUCAAAAGCUAUUUACUUACUCUUAGGGAAUAUUUGCAAUGAAUAUACAUUGUGCAAUUUCUACUAAACAUCACAAAAGU